ACCGAUUCCAAUGGGCGUCUGCGGCGGCGGAAGCGCCAGACAUUGAGAACCUUUACGCUGAAGCUGGAGCAAUGCUGCUUUUCUGUCCGAGCUGCGGAAACGGACUGAUUGUGGAGGAAGGACAGCGUUGCCAUCGCUUCGCCUGCAACACUUGCCCCUACGUGCAUAAUAUCACACGCAAGGUAACAAACCGAAAGUAUCCAAAGCUGAAAGAGGUGGAUGAUGUGCUUGGGGGAGCAGCUGCCUGGGAGAACGUGGACUCCACUGCAGAGCCAUGUCCAAAAUGUGAACAUCCCCGUGCCUAUUUCAUGCAGCUUCAGACCCGUUCCGCAGAUGAGCCAAUGACCACCUUCUACAAGUGCUGCAAUGCUCAGUGCGGACAUCGCUGGAGAGACUAAGGGCAGGACUUACCCAGCUGUAGCUCUGAAUGUUGUGUGCUGAAGGUCUUUGCUGUGUGAUAGGAAGCUAACUCUUCAGUGGUGGAGGACCAGGGUGAAACAGGUCAUCUGCAGGUCAGCAGAUAAAGACUUUAAUGCACAGGGGCCUCGGGUCCUUGGGAAAUAAAUACACAUGAGGAUAUUCA